ACGAGGUCAACUCAUGUACGAGGACCAACAUUAGGCAAAGGAGUGCAGAAAAAAAUUACUAGGAGAAAGGGGGAGAAAUUACAUGUCUAUGUGAAUCGGGUGUUGAAUGCAAUCACAGGAGGGAAUGCCACCCCAGCGAUGAAUGAGUUGGGCCUUCAAAUCAGACGGUUGUGCCCUCUUCAGAGCGUGAUGUCAUGGAGAAAAAUUGAUCAACCUACCAAAGAUGAGGUCAUCCAAGCGGUGCUAGACAAGUUUGUUAUCGGCGAUGAUUUUGAUAAUGAUGAACAAGCGCAACAGAUCCUCGAUAGAAAGGCAUAUUUGCUAUACAUGGAUUGGAGGUACAAUCUAAAGCAAGAGUUCCUUGAACUUGAGGAAAAGGGUGUUGAUGACCCCUAUAGUCAUUCGCCUAGUGGAGUGAGCUUGGAGGACUGGAAAUAUAUGAUUGAUGUUGCUUGGAAAGACGAAUCUCACUUGAAACGCUCAAGAGCUGGUAAAGCAAAUAGGGCUAUGCUCCCCUAUAAUCAUACAACUGGAUCGCGAUCAUUUCCUAUAGCAAUGUCGCUUAUGGCAAAUGAGGAUGGAGAUGUAGAUUUCCCCGAAUUUUAUAAGAAAGCACACAAGUCCAAGAAGAUGGGAGAUUGGAUUGACCCCAAAUAUGGUGAGCUACAUGAUGAUAUGGUGAAUCUACAACUAACAGCCACCGAUGCGGGGUUGCCAUUGACCCACGAAGAAAUAUCAAGGCAAGUGCUUGGGGAAAAAAAAAAUUACUUGCGUGGAUGUGGGAUAGGCCCACAACCCUCUUCCACAGCUUCUAGUGCGGCACGAGCACGUGAUAAACAUAUGGAGUCAAUGAGAGCGGAAUUGGAGGUUCUUCGUGAGCAGCAUCAAAGUGAUCACGAUGAGUUGCUGAAGGAGAAAGAGGAGCGUCAAAGAGAUCGGGAGGACCUAUUGAAGGAGAAAGAGGAGCGGCAAAGAGAUCGGGAGGAGCUAUUGAAGGAGAAAGAGGAGCGGCAAAAAGAUCGGGAGGAAAUUAUGAGGGAAAAAGAGCAGCUGAUCAAACAAAUCAAUGAAGAAAAAAAAGCACGGGAGGCACAACAAGUACAACUCAAUCAUUUGAACGACGUGGUGUCCAGGCUCUCAACCCUCUUGGAGGGUUCAGAUGGUCAUCCUACUAUUCGAUAAACAAAAUUUUGUUUGACAAGCUAGUUCAACUUCUACAAAAAAUAUGGAUCAUAUUCACAUAGAAUUCUUUUCUAAAGUUGCUAUGCAAAUUUUGUUUUUGUUAUGUGCUUCGAAUAGGUUUUGAGGCAUAAAGUGAGUAGACUUUGCAGCAGCCGACGUGGUGUUUUGCUACAUUACACAA